GUUGACGGAAAGCGGUCACCUGACCAAUGCGGAAGUGAGUCUCCACUACAAACAUUUCUGUCCAGUGUUCGAAGUUUUCACCCCUUAUUGUGAGCAUUUGGGUCUUUUUUGCUCACAUAUGUCACCAUGGUUCGCUGUUUCCUCAUCCACACCGUCUGCCCGGUCAGUGCUCUCGGUCCCGGGGAAAGCCGGGUUCUGUACUCCCGGGUUUUCGGUCCGGAUGAGAGCAUCGUGUCCGAACAGAACCGGGGGCUGAACCCGGAGGAGAGACGCCUGCUGCAGAAGGAGAAGGUGGCUGUGGUGGCCAGGUGAGCCAGUUAUUGACAAUAAACUUCAUUUACGGGGAUAAAUUUGAGUUUUAUUUCUUUUUCUGACAAACAGGCGAAUUUUGCUCAGAUUUAAGUAGUUUGAGGUAUAAAUUUGAUAAAUUCUUUGUUUUUAUGUCACAUUUUGUCCAUGAAAAUGCUCCAAAGUUCAAGAAUAAAUUAUCAUAUUACUCAGGAAACCAAAAAAUAAUCAAAUAUAAUGGAAAAUUAAACUAUAACCAGCAGUUUUGGACUUAAACUGCUCUUUCAUGUCUCAGGCAGGUCCGCAGCGCUGUCUCUCUGUCCCGGGAGGCCUCAGGUCGUCCUCUGGUGGAGACGGUCCCCGGCGAAGAGGCUCUGGCCCUGCAGGAAGCCGACAGCGGCGUGGUCCGCCUGAGAGCUGGAGACCCCUUCAACGAGGAGAUGAGUGCGCUGUGGCUGGGGGUCCAGAGUCUGGGCUUCACUCUGGUCUGCGAGUCCUACGAGAACCUGCUGCUGGCCGAGGGGACCCUGAGGAACCUGACCCGACACUGCCUGGAGCACCUGCACAUGCUGGGGCAGGGCAGCGAGGUGAGGGCCAACACCUGAGCAGACGUCAUAUUUGUGAUUGCAGGGGUUUUAUAACAUGUAUAUAACAUUUUUAGACUCCUGAGGGUCACCCAACCCAAACCACUCUGUUUUACUGGGUGACAGUUCCCUUUAUUCACACAAACACACACGCUCACACACACACUUUUUAGCCUCUUCAGACUCAUUCCCACACACCCCCACUAAAUGUAUACGAAUCCGCAGCUGAAAAACGUCUCCAUUAAACUCACUCUUUGCUCCUGUUUGAAUAUCUGCUGGGCUGGAACAUGUUUCUCUGCUGCGGUGUCACUUGUUGGAUAAGCCUGAUAAAACAGAGACUGUGCCUGAUGCAGCUUUAAUGAUUUUGUAUUCAAGUAAAACCUUUCUUCCCCGAGUGUCUACACGGGUUUAAAAGCCUUAUUAGGGUUGAAAUCAGAUCAAACCUCCAAAGAAACCGCUGAGGUGUGGCGCAGUAAUAGCUUAAUGCUCAACCGCAACAACGCUGGAUAAAUUAUUGAAACAGUGCUUCUCUGCAGCUGUCACCCAACAAUCAUAAAUGCAGAAGCAUUUUUUUAAUGAUUCAUACAUGCUGCUGCAUUUAUUAAAAUUUAAUUAUGAGUAAUUUAGUCAGUUAUUUAUUGUUACCGGUGAUGCAGAUAUAUGAUGAUCUAUAUUGACUAUGCAUUUGCAUAUGCCCUUAUUCAUUUUUAACUACAUAUGCAUAAAUCCUUUCAAUUAUGCUCUGCAGGGUUUCUGCAUUCAUUUCUUUCAUAUUUUGUAAUAUUAAUGCAACAUUUGCAUACGUCAUACUUGUUUUUGAAGUGCUUGUACACUUUUCUGUGCAACAAAAUGACCCCCAGUGUCAAUCAAGUGGACAAAGGCCCUCAGAAAAUGAGGUCAUGGACACUCCCAGCACAAAAAUCAAAACUAGUGGGCACAGGCCCCAUGAAUUUAAGGUUGUGGAUAAUUCCAGCUUAAGAAAGGCCGAUAGUGGAUACUGGCCCUUUUAAAUUGUGAUCAUAGACACUUCCUGAAUAAAAAUGUUAGUAGUGGACACAGGCCCUCUAGACACUCCUUCAAUCAAAAAUGACAUCAGUGGAAAGAAACCCUCAGAAAUUGCAGUUGUAGACACUCCUAACUUAAAAAAACAAUGCUCGUAGUGGACACAGGCCCUUGAAACUGAGGUUGUGGACACUCUUAACACACCAAAAAAGUCCAGUAGUGGACACAGGCCCUUGAAACUGAGGUUCCGGACACUCCCAACAUACAAAAAAUGUCUUGUAGUGGACACGGGCCCUUGAAAAUGAGGUUGUGGACACUCUCAACACACCAAAAAAGUCUGAAAGUGGACACAGGCCCUUGAGGCUGAGGUUGUGGACAGUCCCAACACACUAAAAUACUUUGAUAGUGGACACAGGCCCUUGAAACUUAAGUUGUGGACACUCCCAACACAUAAAAAAAUUCUGAUAAUGGACACAGGCCCUGGAAACUGAGUUUGUGGACACUUCCAACCUACCAAAAAAGGCUGAUAGUGGGCACAUGCCCUCUGUUAUCAAGGUAGAGUUUUACUCCCAGCACGAAACAUAGUCAUUUUUAGAUCCUAGUAUUCCCUGCUGUAUUUUUAUCUCCAUCACUUGGUUACUCUGGGAGACCUGCAGACUUGAAUAGUAAACAUGACUAAAAGCUCUCCCUCUUCAGGUGCUUCUGAGGAGCAGUCGCGUGGACACUCUGCUAAGUCGCCUCCUUCCUCACGGUCAGCUCCUCUUCCUCAACCACCGCUUCGCCCAGAGUCUGGAGAAAGAAGUCGCAGCGUACAUGGCCAAGUGAACCUGCCCUGCUCUGUGUACUGUGUCACCUCACCACUUGGCACUCAAUCACUGCUCUCCGUGAAGCACUCUCUCUCCAACACACUGCUGUUUACCUUUGGUGACAUUCUUUUCAGCAGCAGAGGAAGAAUGGACCGCUGGCAGCUCCUGCUUCAGAUUGCACGAGGUGGUGAACACAUAGAGUGGUAAAUAUCUCCCUCAGCCACUCGCAGCUCACCGUGACUGUUUACUGCGUGGGAGGCUUCAGUUCAAAUCCUGUUUGUCAAAUUGAAGAGUGGAAAGCGAAAUGUGGCAGAUUAGAGAGUAGAGCUGAAGAGGCCGGUUAAAAACCUCCCCGCCAACAUCAGAGACGGCCAUUUAUCUGAUUCAGUGCUCUGGAAAUGUCACAGUGCGACCCCGAGGAGUCAAACUUGACCUGUUUUUUGGGUUAUAUGAGAUUUCUGGGAGUGUAAAUGAGUCCAAAGGUGCUUUAGUGCCUCUCUGUAACCUGUAAUGCACCCUUUCGUUUCUGAGGAGUAGGAGGACAUCCGGAUUUGAGGUUUUUGUGGGGACACAGGAUGAAUCAUCUCAUGGGAACAAUCAGCAGAAAUGGAGCAAACAAAGAUCAAAGUCAAACCUGUUUAAUGUCAGAAUGAACCAAAAACGUCAAAAAACGUGGACAAAAGCAGGAGUGACAUGACAUAUUACGAGGAACAACGACAGAUAUGCAGAGACGCUGGCAUGUAGAACACGGAAACCUAGGAAUGAUGACUCAAAAACAAAUUAAACACCCUGAAAAAACUGACAACAAAUAUAUCUCUAAAGCCUGUGAAUCCAAACUCGUCCUGCUCCUCCUCCCGGCCUCAUAAAAGCCUUUUAAACCCAGUUUGUGGACUGGCACCCAAAACCAGGAGGGGGGAGGGCAGUGGGAGAUCUGUCUACAUGCCAACAUCCCUUCCUUUGAUCUCCUCUUCUUCUCCGCAUCAAAAAUAAAGCACUUUUUUUUUUUUCAUCAUUACCCAAGGCGCGUUCUUUGAAACUUGAGCAAUCAAGGACACACGGCGCGUUUUCCUAAAACUGAGGCGGCGAGGAGAUCACAUUAGAAAUGAUAAAACGAAAAGGAGGGGGAUUUUAGAGGUUGUGUGCGUCUCACAGGGAAAUAAUAGAUUGAGCAGAAGCUGGAUAAUAACAGAGUGAAUCAGGUAACAGAGGAGUUCCACUGUGGGGCCAGCAGAGGGCGACGUUUGAACUCACUCAAGAGAGAAGAGCUAUCAGCUUCGAUGAAAUUGGAUUAUUUUGAUAGAUUAAAAAAAAUAAAACUUUAAAAAAGGAUCAAAAAUGUUAAGUGUUUGUUUAUUUUGCAAGAUAAUCACUUAUGCCAACAUAAUUAUCUUGUAUCUUGUGUGUACCAGAUAAUCUUCUACCAUGAAAUAAAAUUUAAUUUGUCCCAACCAGAAAAUCACAAACGUCCAAAGUGUGAUUAUCUUGUGGGAACGGGUCCUUAUCAUAAGUUAUAUGUCUCCACAAGAUAAUUAUAGCGCAUGAACAAGAUAACUCGUCACCAAUAGUGAGCAGUUAUUGCCUCAUCCAUCAAAGAUGACUAAUACUGUCUGCACAGGUUAGUAUCUUGCUCAGUAUUAAAACUUUUCUUUGUCUGAGUUCAGGGUUCUUUAAAAAAAAAUAAGAGAGCAGUAUCAUGGGGUGAAAUAUAAACAAAUAUGCAGGAGUCUCAUUUUCUUGAACUUGAACCUUCAAUCUUUGCGAAAUAGAAAACCCAAACUUUGCAAAUGGAGUCGGAAGAUUGCAGUCCACACUCGGCAAACAGACACAAAUCAGAAAGAAAAGUGCUCCAUCACUUUUUACUUUUAGUCUCUCAAUCUUGAUAGACAGUCUCUCUAUCUUGAGGGUUUCUCUUUGAAGGUCAAGCGCUGUUUGAUUUUUAUUUUAGGAACUGUCUCUUCACAGAUAAUCUGACAGUUUUGAAGGACAUCCCGCCUAAACAGAGGUUAACGAGAGGGACUCCUCGGGGUUCACCUUCCACUUUGAAGAACUUUUUAAUGAGCACGAGCUGAGUGUGUGGUGACGGUUUAAUGAAGAGGGAUAUUAAAGCUACUGUGAGGAACUUUAUUUUAGUAUUAAAGGCUGUUCACACUGAUCAUGAUGCUAUAUGCAUGCUAUUUUGUCCCGCAGUGUCUUCCUGCUUCCUGCUGCCACUUUGAAGGUAAAUAAGUACCUUGAGUUAAUGAUACCACAAGGGUGACCAUACGUCCUCUUUUAACCGGACAUGUCCUCUUUUGGGGGGGCUGUCCGGCCUUGUCUGGGGGAGUUUAUAAAAUCCUCAAAAUGUUUGGGGUUUUGGAAGGAAGUUUGUGUCGUGUGGACUUACUGAGUAAGAAGCGCGUAAAAAACACUCAACCUGAAAAACUCAAAAAUUUACUGUGACUGUGCCCCCCAUAGUCAUAUCCUCUUUUUGGGGAUCUAGAAUAUGGUCACCCUAGAAACCACCUAAGAGCUAAGCAUACAGGUGAGCUAGACUGAUGUAAUGGGGCAACUGCAUUACCAAAAACAGCGCCAUCCUAGAGUGUGUGGCGAUGUUGAGAACAGCAUCUGCGAAAGUGGAGUAAAUAGCGCCCUCCUGUGGAUUUUGUGGUAACUCCUGUCUUUAUGCUGACUUAGUCUUGUCUAUAUUUCCUCCUUCUGUCAUUUACAGUUAAUCGAAUCACUUGCAGUGAAUUUCUUGCAGUGGAAAUUAGCAUCAGAGGCUGUUAGUUGCUAAGGCUAACCAACUUAAUUUGACACCCAGCAUUAAAACUACCUUAUAAAAAUGCCAUUAUUAUUGAAAAUGGUCUGUUCUGCUUGUAUAGGUCAUAAAGAGGCAUUGAGUAUUAUUCCAGUCUGUUUCAUCGCCCACUAAAAUCCCUUACGGGAGCUUUAAUUCUCCAGUUAAUCAUCUCAACAGUUUGUAUUUGGCUUCCUAUUUUGACAGCAUGACAUGAUUCAGGCGCACAAAGCUCAGCCCAUGAAUUUUCCUGUUUGAUUUGUAGGAGCUGGUCUGACCUGCAGAGGACCUGAACCCCCUUUCAGAUGAAGUGAACCACAGCCUGUGAUUUAGGUCAUAUCUGCAAACAUUAGUGAGCAACCUUAUGAAUAAAUCACCGCCCAGGAGCCGCUUCAGGCUUCUGUGCUCGCAGCGCACACUUUCCUCCCCGCUGCAGCUGCUGCCCUACCUCCACCUCCACCUCCAUCAUCCACCUCCACCUGUAGCUUUUUACAGAUAUGCACUCAUACUCUUGAAGGUACGUGUUGAAAACUCACUGAAUGUAAUGUCAAGUUGUCUGCACGUUUAUUGGCUUUAAAGUUUAUUUAACUCAAAAGAAAAUAAAGGAGCAUUUCUAAUAUUCCCCACAUAAUGUAAAAAAGCCACAUUUAUUCCUUUACUACAACAUUUUAGAGAAUCAAACAUCAGGUAAUAAACAUAAAUUAUUCAUGCAUCAUACUGAGAUACUUGCAGAUAUGACAGUUACAGUAAAAAAAGACAAUAAAAAAUAAACUUAUAGGGCAUCUACACUGAAAAAAUGCAACAAAAUACUGUAGAUGGUUUACUUAAAGCUACAGUAAGGAGUUUUAAAUGGUCAUAAAACAGAGGUGCCUUUCUAUUACCUAUAAAAGAAUGGAUUUUAUUGCAACAACCAAAAUAUUGGCAUUAAUCAUCAGAAUAUCAGGAAAAUUAAACACUUCUACUUGAAUACCUUGUUGUAGACCGACCAGAGCAUAAAAGCAUCAGAGAGCCUUGAAACACGUUAAAAUAUUUACAUUAGAUAAACCCAAAAAUGUGAGUGACUUUAUUUUUUUAAGCAUUUAGACUAAAGAGUAAUAUUUAGGAUAAAUCUGGUUAUUUUUGUAAAAUAACAAAACAAAACAAACCAGACGAAAAAAACAAAACAUUUUUCUUUAAAGGGAUAUUCUGACGUAAAAGUUGUGUUUAGUCUCUUUGCUAAAGGCAAAGUUAAAAAGAUGUUUGGUGGCUAGUACUAUGGCUGGGACCCUUUAUGUCCUGUUGAUGAAGUUAGGUGCUGUUCUGAGCAUUAUUUGUGGCUAUAGAGUGGCGUUUUGGUUGAGGUUUGUUUAUGGCUCCUCAGACCGCUGUGUAUUGCUCUUAUAUGGUCGUUACUAAAGUUGGUAUAACUAGAGAAGCAAGCGGUCGGCAACACUCAUCUCUCGGGUGAGUGUCUAACUCGGUGUUAUAAUAUCCCUUUAAUAGUUGUAUCUGUUAUGUCUCUAUUCUACGAGCUCACCACCUCUCUGUUUCAUGUGCAUACGUAAAAAGCCAAAGCAGGGAGAGCAGCUGCAGCAAAGACACUGAGGGACAGAGCAGAGCUGAAAACUACCCCCUUAUUUUGUAGACAUGUCAUUUUUUAGGGUCAGCUUUCUCAGCAUCUUUCAUGUAUAAUUAUCGUCCUCAUCGCUUUAAUCACUCAUGUUCUUGUUGUUUAUUAUUCUGACAGUCAGCGCUGAAGCUUUUUUUACAGCCCUACACGUUUCUCUGCUCCACAUAAUGAAAUGUUUUCAGCAGGAUGUUUGAGCUUCUCUGUGCAGAGUUAGAAAUGAAAAGACUGUUUUCGCAUUGAUCGGCUCACUCACUGUAAUUAAACUCAACCCAGACCUGACAGCAUUUGUUAUUCAGAGCUGGAGAUUUUUUUUUAUUUUUCUUACUACAUGUCUGGAGGGGAUCUUUGAAUUUCUGAUCGGCUGAAAUGAGCUCUUUGAGCAGACCCACCACCUUUACAAAGUCAGGAUAGUUUGAACGAGCAUGUUGAGAACUCAUGAACUCUGAGGGAGGAAGUUGUUUGUUACGAUCCUAAAACAAGACUUUUACUUUGGUAGAAUAGCCUCCCUUUUGCUCAGCACAUCCAGUCACUCCGCUCCAUUAAACUCACUGUAUUAAACUUCACUACAGCUUGCAGUGUCAGGCUUUCAGAGGUCUCCACUAGAGGGCAGUGUGUAGUCAGACAUGCUGAGAUCUGCAGCCUCUGGAGCUGAUAACAAAAGACAGAUAAGUGACACAAGAACAGAAACCCACCAGAAAAUACAAUCAGGGAUUCUGCUGCUGCUUCUGCUGCUGCUUUGAAACAAUUUAAAACGAGCUGGUAGACAUCAAACACAGCGUUGAGAAGAUUGUUUUCGUGUGUGUCCAACUGGCUUUUAAUUACCAGUAAUUAGUGAUGCUCAGGCAGAGGAAGCUGAUCUUUGCCUGCACACAGCUGCUUGAUAAAAUGCAUGAGUCGAUGUCAAGUGGAGAUCAGAAUGACAGAUCCUGCUGCAGAUUUUCUAUAUGUGUUUGUGUAUGUUCUGCUUUUAUCCCCGAUGACUGUGAUGCACACUCAGAAGUGGAGCCUGGUUCGUUAGGCAGCAUCAGCAGCAAAAAAUCAUGUCUCAUUAUAGUGUACACAUAAACAUGAGUGCAUAUUCAUUUCAAGUCAAGCUAUACUGCAUAUUUACAAUACUGUGAAUGUACAAUGCAAAUGCAAAUGUACAAUGACUGUGCCAUAGAUGGAUUAAAAAAACAAUUAUCAUAAAAGCAGAAUGAAAUAAAUGAGCUCAGAGAACAUUUAAAACAUAUCUGCAGACUGAAAAAUGCUGCAGAAGAGCCCUCUUAGAUGCUUAUGAGGUAAAUAAAACUGAUUUAAAGUAAAAAUGCCCUUUUGAUGCCCUUCCAGUUGAUAUAAUAUAACAAAUGUGCCCUCUGGCUGUCCUUCCAGUGUUUAAAACAUUGAAAAAGUUCUCUCUAGGUAUCCUGUAAAUUUGAAGAAACAAAAAAAAAGUUCUGUUUGAUUCACUUCCAGCAUAUGAAACCCUGAAAAGUGUCCCCUGAAUUCCCUUCCUUAGGAUAAAAAAGCAGAGUGCCCUUUGGAUGCCCUACCAGUGGAUUGAGAAUGAAAAAGUACCCCCUUAAUGCCUGCUCAGUGUUUUAUAUAUGAAAGAUGUGCCCUCUGAAUGCCCUUCCAGUUGUUGGGAUAUGACAAAUGUGCCCUGUGGAUGUCCUUUCGGCAUCUAAAACAUUGAAAAAAGUUACCUCUGGAUAGCCUGUAAAUUUGAAAAAACAAAAUCUGUGCAGUUUGAUGCACCUUGAUUCACUUCCAGCAUAUGAAACAUUAAAUAGUAUCCCCUGAAUUCCCUUCCUCAGGAUUAAAAAACAAGUGCCACUUAGAUGCCCUACCAGUGGAUAUAGAAUGAAAAAGUACCCCUAAAUGACUGCCCAAUGGAUUAUAUAUGAAAAAUGUGCCCUCUGAAUGCCCUUCCAGGAUUAGAAACAUUGAAAACCUCCCUUUGGAUAGCCUGUCAGUUUCGGAAAAAAAAAAAAUUUCAGUUUUUUUAUGGACUUCCAGCAUAUGAAACAUUGAAAAGUGUCCCCUGAAUUCCCUUCCUCUGGAUAAAAAAACACAGUUCCCUUUAAAAAAAAACCCUCUAGUGGAUUGAAAAUGUUCCCUCUGAAUACCCUUUCUUCUGGAUCCCUGUUUAAUGUGAAAGAAUUGGCCACUUGGUGCACUUUCAGCUUUUUACAAAGUUCCCUCUGGAUGCCCAGAGAACUGUGAUAAGAUGCCUUUUUUCUUAUUUAGCCUCAUCAGACAGUAGUUAAGCUUCCAUAUAAGGUCUAAAUAACCAUGUUAGAAUAACAUAUUCAAUAAUACCAGAAUCUGAUCUUGAUGCAGAAAGUAGCAUCUAUUUUUUAAAUUAAUUAUACAAAAAAUCUUGUGUUUGUCUUUAAAAUUUCCACAACUAAAUGCCACAUUAAUAUUCAUCAGAAUGUAAGACUCAAGUGUUAAAAGCUCAACAUUUCUAUGUAAGAGGACCCUCAGACCUCCUCUCAUUGUUCCUGACCUGUGACAGAGAAUAUGAGAAAAAGUUGCUUGAAUAAUUGCACAAAGAAAUCACAUUGCAGAAACUGAAUCGCGUGCUUAUUUCGCCGUCUACACUUCGAAAAAAGAGCCUCUUGGGUCAAAGUGAAAGGAUUAAAUGUUUUGAAGUGUUUCUGAACUAAGUGCUGCUGAAGUGCCCAAGAAUCUGCAAGUUUUUCCUUCCAGACGCUGAACACUGCAGGUGAUUACUCCCUGAUUAGAGCGAGGCGCAGGCUCGUGGGUGAAAUCAGCUGCUUUAAUGUGAGGGUGAAAUGAAAACCUGAACACUCUCGGGCUUCAAUAGCACUUACAGAGGGAAUAAAUUGAAGGCCAUUAACUGAAGUACAUAAAAUUCUCAUAGCAAAAACAAUCUUGUACCAUUAACCAACUUUGCAAAGUGGUUUUUAGUGAGUGCAACACUGAGGGAAACAACCACAUGAAGACUUGGAGGAGUCUCACGUGAGGACACUGAGGUCAGGAUGCACAAGGAGGCAGAGUCAGGGGAUCAGAGGAGAAAUCUGUGCUGCAGGUUCGCACACGAGCUGCAGUUCACAGCUGACUCACGGAGGCAGGAGGGGGGUCUCACAGAUAACAAUAUGUAAACAGCAGGUUGUUCUGCAGAGGUCACAGAUCUUGAUGUAAACAUGAAAUCUACAGUCAUCCCCAACAGCUGUGGAAAUGUAAGGAGAUAUACUUCACUAAAAAAUGCAUGAUUGAAGAGAUGUGUGCAGGUCUGCAGCAGCUGAAGUUGGAAUUUUUGGACUGUAAAUGAUGGAUGUCUCAUCCUGAACCUGGACUUUUCUGAACCAAGGUUACUUAUGUUGGACUAAAGCAAAGUGAUCAGAGGAAGCAAAAUUUGACUUUCUUUUUGGAAAUCAGGGAUACUGCGUCCUGCAACAGUGCAAAAAGGAAACCAGAAACAUCAGUGACUUUUCCGAGCCAAGCUUUCCUGCGAAUGAGGCUGAGUGAAAAAACUGCCAUGUGAUCUGACGAAUCACAAAUUUGACAUUCUUUUUGGAAAUCGUGGACAAUGCUUAUUCCAUGGGAAACCUUUGCAUCUGGAAAAGCACCAUCAUUGCAGAAUGAUACUAUAUAAACAGGCAUGCAGGACCUUCCAUAUGUCUGCAAAUCAACUCCAAGCUACGUUCUGAAGCAUGGCUCUGUAGUAGAAGAGUCCUGGUGCUGAUCUGUUCCUCCUGCAGUACCAUCUUGUCACCUUAGGACGUUUCACUUUAAAACUGGAGUUUUAAAUUUCUUUAUUUGUUAUUAUUAUUUUAUUUUUUUAUAUAUAUAUUUUAUUUUUUAUUAUUGUUUUUUAUUUUUAAAUAUAUUUUUUAUUUUAUUUUAUUAUAUUUAUUAUUUUAUAUAUGGCUUUUUUUCCCUUUCCUUAUGCUGGUCUCCUCAGGUGUCAGUUUUGGUGCCCAACCUUAACCAAACAGACUGUUUUGCAUCUUUACCGCUCUGAAAUCAUCUGAAAUAGUAAUUUCUUUUUUCAGUUCUCACUAUAGAGCACUUGUACUUUUGAGGAGGAGCUGAUUCAGGCUGCUCGUGGCACAUGUAUUCAAGCACAAAGCCUCAGAGAGGUGCUACAGAGGUAUGUAAAUCUUCUCUAUUUGAAGCUAUAGGUCACAAAGGAAACUGAUAGGCUGGUAACAAGGCCGUGUUGCAUUAUAAGUAUCAUGAUAAUAUUGCAUCUUUGGGCCUCUGGUAAUAUCCACCUCUAUAUGCAGCCACCUCCUGCUGUUGUUAUGUGCUUCAACCUUCCCCUCCUCUCCCUCUCUCCUCAUAUCCUCUCAUCUUCAGUGCAGGCUGACCAGACCAAAGCUGACAUUGUCACAGCCCAUCUCAGUCACUCACACGCUCAAUCUUCUCCUUCUUUUCUUUUGGUUUUGUUCUCUCCCUCCCACCAGCCCGGAGCUGCAACAAAAAGAUUUUCUCACUGAAUUUGGAGAGCGCCCUUUGAAUAUGCCAACUCCCGAGUUUGAGGAUUUUCCUCUUAAUAUUUUUUCUCCUGCCUCAUUAGACGUCUCCCUGACUAUUGUAAGGCUCAUGGCGAGAGCACAGUGGAGAAAAUGGGCUCGGCUCCAGCCAGGGAUACAGUAUGAAUUUCAAUGCCAGUUGACGACUUAUUCACUUUAGCCUCUGUCAGGGCAUGCGGCGUGAAAUACCUGAACGCCACGGCUCCCAUUCGUAUACAUUAAGGCAUCAUUUCCAUUCCCUUUCAUGCGUUCAGGCUCAGAGUUUAAAAUAUUCCUCUCACAGGAGCUAAGUGGAGUUUCCUGAGAAAUGCUCAGUGAUAGUAGCUUAACAAAACUCAAGGGAGGGAGGGAGAGAGUUAACAUGUAUGAAGUACAGCGUGUAGGCGCCGUCAUGCUUUAAGGAGGCGGUGAUGGGAUCUUCAGUUUAGCAUAAAAUCUGUAAAUUAAAGAUGAUAUUAUGUCGAAAGAGGCGUCGGAUUAUACCAGAAACUUCAAUUUAAUGACAGCUUCUUUAUAUUUCAGUGUAUAUCGACAAGAAAAACACUGAAAAGACUUUAAGGAGAAAGUCAUCAUCAAUCAAUUAAAUUUUAUUUAUAAAGCCCCAAUUCACAACAUUCGUCAUCCCAGGACGCUUUCCAAAGAACAAGAGCAGGUCUAGACCACGCAAAUUGUUUGAUGAAUUACCAAGACUUAACCUUAAGAUGGGACAGAUUUAACCCAUCUCAUCUAACAUGAGUGACAGUGGCGAGGAAAAACUUCCUUUUAACAGGCAGAAACCUUGGCAAGGACCAGACUCAUAUUAGUCAAUCAAUCAAUCAAUUAAAUUUUAUUCAUAUAGCCCCAAAUCACAACAAUCGUCAUCCCAAGACACUUUCCAAAGAAAAACAGCAGGUCUAGACCACGCUCAUUGUUUGAUGACCCAACCUGUAGGUGGGAUUUGGCCCAUCUCAUCUUUCAUGAGUGACAGUGGCAAGGAAAAACUUCCUUUUAACAGGUAGAAACCUUGGGAAGGACCAGACUCAUUUUAGACAGCCACCUUGCUGCUGGGUUGGGGAGAAAUACAGAGAGGUAAGGGGGAGAGAAAGAGAACAAGGAAGUAGGAAGGAGAGAGAAAAGAGAACGAGGGUGAGAGAAAGAGACAGGGGACAACAGCGACAUUAAAACAACAUGAUUUUUACUUUUAGCUGCAGUUUGGUGUCUUUUGUUUCAACUCUAAAUAAAUCGUAAAUGUGCAAAUUAUGCACAAAGUGAGAAUUACAAACAAUUAGUUUCUUAAGUAAGACUUCUUCCCAAGAUGCCUUUGGUGCCGUAAAACCGACCUACAGACUAAUAUGAUGACUUUAUCCUAACUGUACAUACCCACUGAGCAAUAGACGGCUAUUUGACUUCUAUUUUAUUUUAGACCUAAUUUCAACCGUUUAGAUUCUGUAUAUUUUUAGACGGAUUAACCCUCAUUAUUCGAUAACUAUUUAUCUCAAAAAGCAACUGUGAGUUGCAUAACUGAUCACCAAGUACUUAACCAAAAUAAUUAUGAUAGCCAUUGAGCAACAUACAGUGUAGUAUAGAUAUAGCCCAGAUUUAUUUAGUCUAAACUUGAUCUAAAUUUAGACGUCUAAAAACUGAUUUUAGACCAGUCGUUUAUGCUACAUUUAGACAUCUCUUUUAGACCAAAUAAUGCUCAGUGGGUUGUUGAGCUUUAACCUCGGCCGACCCGCGCUGAUAGUAGUGAAUUUGAGAUAAUUCAAUGUGUUUCAAACGUACCUCACAUAACCCCCAAACUCCUCCUUUAAAUGACACCCUGAAUGCACAAACAUUCAUGCAAACACACACAUACACGGAGAGAACUGCUCUCCCCCUGCACUCGAUCAAGUGUCAGAGAGAGAUGUUCUCCCUUAGCAUCUCAAAUCGUGUUAGAUUUCCAAUUUCAAACCAUUUACUUCAUGCUUUUCAAACCCUGCAAAAAUGUAUUUUUCACAUUUCAGCCAAUCUGCAUGAGGUUCCCGCCGUCUAAAGGUGUAGCUUGUCAGUGCGAGACUAUCUCAGCUCUUCAAACAACUCAAUUAUUUGGAAAUAUAAGUCAAUUAUUUCUUAAUUAAGCUCCCUGUGCGGUGGGAUUCCUCUCUAGGUUUGCUGUUGUUGCUCAUUAUUGGAGGAAAAGGCAGCUCUGUCAGCUUCGCAGUCAGACAUGAAAACCCUUUCGUUUCUCUGAUUUUCUGCUUUUUUGGGGGGUCUUUUUUUCUCUCUCUUUCCUGCAAUUGAUUAGUUGAUCUGUAAAUAAGCUAAGUGAUAAAGCAGUCUAGACUGGAAAAGGCCACAUGCUCCUGACGCUGUGAUAGAAACUCAAAGGGGAUUUUAAAGCAAAUAGAGUCUCAUCUCACUAUUUUUUAAUCACUUUUCAAAUCAAAAACAGACACUCAGAUACUUUAAAUCUCCUCUAACACUGUGCCUUUGGUAACUAUGAGCCCAUUAUCAAAACAAACUCGUAUAUUUACCAUGCAGGAAACCUUCUGCUUCCGUGAUGCGCAGAAUUGGCCAUUAAAUGCAAUUUUCUUACAGUAAUCAAGGUAAUUUCCAUGCAGGUUACGGCUUGUUUGUAGUGAAACACAUCAUCAGAGAUCAUAAUCUUUACAGCUCUGAACAAAUGUGAUCAUAUCCAGCACCGAGUACCAGCUGUAAAACGUUACGACCUCCUCGAUAAAUUUACAUCCCACAAUGGCUGACUCCUUUAUGAUAAAAUUACUCCGAGAGUGUGUGUCACUGUAUUUUACUCAGGCCUGGAAGGUUUAAUGGGUCAUAGUCCUUUAUGACGCCAACACUCCCUCGCCCUCCUCCCUGCUUGUCUUUGCAUCGUUUAAAACCGUGUAAGGAUGGGGAGAGAGGUGAGUUUAUAAGGGGGCAAAGCAUCUGAGCUAUCCGUGAAAGCCUUCAGUAACACCAGAGAUAUUAUAAAAGUCAUGAUAUUAGGAUUUUUAUGCAAGAACAAUUAAAGAAUUCAUUACUUCAGACAAUUAAAUAAUAUAACAGGCCUUCUCAGAGUUUAAAAAGGACAAAGCAAUCAUAGAAAUAGACUCAAUAGAGUGGGAAUAGUGUUCAUUCGCGCAAAGGAUUUUACUCGUGCUUGGUGUGUGGAGACAGUAAGAGAAAAUGAUAAACAGGACAAAAUCUCAAUAAAACAACCAGGAAAUACCGUGAAAUCCAAAAUGUAAGGUGUCUGUUUUGGGGAGCUAAAGGGUUUAAUUGUGUUUCUACAUGCAGAUUUCUAUUGUGUUCAGCAAUGUGCAGUUUAUAUGCAGAUGUGUAGUUUAGCUUUUAAAUUCUCCAAGACUUGGACCAGCCCCCUCUGCUGGUCACUCAAACUAACAACUCAUUGGUGACGAGGUGACGUUUUUUCUCACGCGCUCCAGUUUGUUUGAAGUAGUCAUCCUGUUUUGUAUUUUGUCUUAGUUGAACACACGAAUUCACAAAAAUCAUAUUACCUUAUAUAGAUAAAACAAAGCCCCGAAAAAAAAAUUAUAUUCACACGACACAAAAAAGUACCUCCUUUAUUUUGAAAGGCUUCACAUCAACUUUUGAGGUAAAAAAAGAAACAUACUCCUGGUAUAUCUAUUUUAUUUUGAAAGACUUCAAACAACUUUCGGUCCGCUCAGUGGAGGUCUGCAGCUAGACUGUCUUGAUUCACUUUAUGGUAUAUGAUUAUUUUCUUUAAUUAUGACCCAGUGAGGGAGAAAAGUGGUGUUAUUAGACUGCUCCGCCUCAUGUACACUCCGUUAUAUUCACGAUAAAAAUCAGAUUAUUACCUGAAUCUGGAGAACAGGUUUGUUUUUUGUUCAGAAGAUGAUAAAUACAAAAGGAAAUUUAUUUUAAGCAUCAUUGCCCUCAGACUACUUUAUGUGUAUUUCUGUGGUUGGAGUCGAAUUAUGAAACUCUUUGCUGAAGAAUUGAAGAGCUGAAUGAAAAUAUUUCAGUAUAACAAAAGACUGAUUGGCUUUUGUAAAAAUACCAGGUUGUAAGUUAUCUUUUCUUCAUUGUGGAAGUUUCAUUUAAGAAUCUGUCUGUUGUUUUUUCAGAAGUAUUACUGUAAUAAUGUGAUUUGUUAUGUUUGGAGUAAGAGGCACGUAAAAUAAGGUUUUUCUGCUCCUUGCUUCUUUCCAGACUUGGAAAAUAUUAAAACUAAGAAUUAGUUUAGUAUUUUUCAUUAAAAACUUUUCCGCCUCACCGUGAUUAGAACAAAUAAAAAUGAAAUAAAAGUAUUUAUUUAAGGUUCGAGCCCCUUUGACUGUGCACCAAAAGAUUUCAAGUACUAAGUUGUCUCAAAUUCAAGGAUUCACAAGAUCAUUUUUCUGAUCUCCGGGCCACAGCCUCUGAGUUAAUUUGUGUAAAUAAAUCAGUCCAUUUGCACCUCCUCUGAAUAUGAAUGUUUUGUGUUAUGUGUCUUCAGCCUUUCACCCUCUCACCGGUGUAUCACCGUCUAUUUAAAGCUUCCAACUCCACCAAAUAGGGCUCGUGGCACGUGAGAGCCCAGAGAGGGGAAAUACUGUGCAAAAGUGCCUCAUUAUGCUUGCUUUCCAAAUUAAAUGGAGAAGAUGUAUUAUUCAUUUGGAGAGAAUCCCUUGGCUGUUGGUGAGGCCCAACAGAAAAAAACAGGAAGUGAGGUUUUUCUAUCCACCAGCCAUUUAGCGAAUGGUUGAAAGACUCCGCUGAGGACCCAAGAGAGACAAUGCAGCAUUAGCUCAUACGUUUUUCAGGAUGUCCAGAGGCCUUUUUAAAAUUAGAUGCAUUAUUUUUAUUCAUAAUGAUAGCAACUUUUCUGUGACCAAACACAGUAGCUUUUCAGGUCAGCAUGGAAAAAAGCCCAAUUCAGGGUCUCGUAAUCCGCCUUUUUCAUCCCGUGAGAUAAAAAUACAGCUGUUACAUAUGCUGUCAGCAAUCAAUGGGUUAACAUCUGUUGUGUCCAUCAUAUUUGUAUGAUUAGCUCUUUGGGGCACAUAUCAGUACAACAUUAAAUACUUAAUAUCAGAGAUAUGCAGCACUCAGUGUUGUCAAUGAUCCCCUGCAUCCCAUAACCCACUGUUUAAUGGAGCACUCUGCAGAUCAUAACCAAUUGUGUAAAUUCAAGAUAUAUCACAGAACCGCAUACUCGGAGUUCAGUUGCAUGUGGUGAUCCGUCAUUGGUAAAUAUAUCAACUUAACAAGUGCAAUAAAAAAAGCCACAGCGCUGCGUAAAUAAUGAAUAUCCUGGCACAAAGUGUAGUAUUUGCUCCUGAUUGCAGCCCAGAGGGGUUUCUAAUGGCAGUAUAUCAUGCUGAGGAGACUGCAUGUAUACAUUAAGAGUUAAUACAUUGCAUUAUUGAUUAAAUGUCACAGCUUUUAUAGUAAACAUGUGAGGGAAUUUAUAGAACAGAAGUUAACAAGACGAGCCGGAGCGCUGCAUGAAUGUUAUUCACAUGGUUCCAGUGAGGGUGGUCGGACUUUACAGGCGUGACAAAGUGUUAUGAUUUUCCCAUUAUUUAUACAUAAAGGCAGACAUGACUUCAUUUCACCCUUGUUCUAUUUCACACAAAUUAUUUGCACAUUAUGAUCCUUCACAAAUCUGGAAAAUGUUUGAAUUUACCCUUUAACAGAAAAAAAUGGAGGGAAAACUAAAUAAACAUCCUUUCUCUACUUCCUGUUGGAUUAGAAAGUGAACAAUUGAACUUAUUUUUAAGCUAAAACAACAUAUUUGUUAAUAACGUACUUCAGUACUACAACAUAGCAUAACAAUACUACCACUACUACAGUAAGCAAACAUAAUUACUGUUAGCAAGACACCAUUACAGGUAGCUUACAACAGUAUACUUAGCUGGCUACCAUUAUAGUAAGCUAAUGACUUGAGGUUACUUGGCUUCAUUACAGUAGGCCAUUAAUAUAACAGUUGGCUAGCUACCACUGCAGGUAGCAAACAACUUUAAGUUAACCAGCAAGCGAUAGAUACGUAUUUUUCGAGGAUGGUAGGGGAAAGUCCCGCCUCCUUCGCCUCUGAUUGGCUAGAAAAGCUGAAAACGUCAUCACAUGCUCAAGCCAAACGCGGGCUGUCGGCUCUGUACAUCAAACAGAACAUUACAGAACAUUAUCGUACUUCUGAAUUUCCUAACCCUUACCCAACAGACAAUGACGUUUCACAGCCAUAAGGAAUAACCAAUCAGAACACAGCACUUCUAGCUAAUCAGAGGCGAAGGAGGUAGAGACCUUCCCCUACAGUCCUACAAAAAAAAAAUCUCAACCAGCUAGCACUUCAGAAAGCUAACCAUUACAAUUAGCUAGACACCAUUAUGGAUAGCUAAUAAAAUUAUACUGCACGAGCGACGAUUAAAGUAAAGUUACAUUUUAAAUUAUCUAGCUACCACUACAGAAACGAAGGUUACAACUGUCAGCUAGCUACUGUUACAGAUAGCUAUCAACAUCAGUGUUAGCUAGCUUUUAUUACAUUAUGCCAAGACAAAAUGGUUGAUUACAGUUAAGGAACAACUUGCAGAGAUAUCUAGUUAUUAAUUUGGUAAGUUAAUGUUAUUACAGUUAGCUAGCUAGCAUAAAAACAAACUCACAACAUCAUAGUUAGCUUGCUACCAUUGCAGUAAGCAAGCGACUUUAAGUUUUUUGGCUCCCACCAAAGUGAGAUAACAUUAUUACAGUUAGCUAAGUACCAUCACAGAUAACUAAUGAGUAUUCGAUAAAUAGCUACCACCACAUUCAGAUAAACUUAUUUAAGUUAGCUAGCUACCUUUACCAUAGGGUAACGGCACUUAAUUUAGCUAGGUGUCUUUACAUGAUGCUUAGAGCAUUACAGUUAGCUAGCUACUUACCCUAUUGUAAAGCUAGCUAGCUACUUUUACAGAUGUGUCGUUAAUAGUAAAGUUACUGGUGUCUUAGUAUUUUCUUUUAAUUUUGAUGAGGUUAUUAUAAGCUAUCGGGUGUCUGUACAUUACACCCACGCACAGAGGCAAUUUUGGGUAAAACUGUAUUAUUAAGGUGAGAUAAUUAUCACGUUUACUUUUUGUUUCUUACAUAAAUUAGUUAAUAUUCUUGUAGCUGCUUAACAUAACUGUUUGCUGUCUAUCAUUAUCAUUAGUCAGAGGUUUAUGCUUCUCCAGUCCUCAUGUGUAAUUACAUGAAAAGGGUGUAUUAGGUAGAUGUUUGUUGAAUGCUAAUCAUAGCUUUAGGUGAUCGUGUUCAUUUUUAAUUUGAUGUCGGUCUACAGUUUCUAAUCAUUUGUAAUUUUAGCUGCUAAUGAGCAGAAAUGAGCUGAGAACUAACUCAGAGAAAUGUAAAGAUGCCUGUUUGGAGAAGAACUGCAUUGUAAAGAUGUAUUUUUGAGGCUCUAAAUAAUAAACACUCCCUGCCUCAUCAUUUGCCAAUGAGACUAAUUCCCCUACACUGAUCCUCUGCAGACUGUAGUUGCACGUCCAAUUUUUUCCUUUGUGAAUAGUAAUACAGUUUUAAGGAGGGAUUUGCAAUUAGCAAGGGGGAAACUGGGUCACUUGUGACACCGAGGUUGUUCAGCAGAAUGCACACUGUGUUCCCGUCAUGUCAUCUCUCACUAAGCUGCAGUCGCUCAGGAGGAGCCCUCACCAUCGCCGCCCCGCCCUGUGUCGGUCCAUCACUUUGGUCUCUUGAAGCAAGCCUUUCCAUAUUUCCCUCUUACCGGCCAUUACCUUUCAGAGUAAGAGCCUCAGAUAUGUUAGCUGACAGCUGUCAUGUUUUACGCCACCCAGCGACGGCAUGUAUUUACGGAGAUUAGACUCCUGUCCAAGCUUUCGUGUGAUGGGAAUUCUUAUCAAAGCAAUGUGCUGCCUGCACGGCGUGGUCUCAAACAUUAAACCUGUUUUAAUUCUCUAUCCGUCAUGCAUGUGACUUCUGGUUAUUUGAGGACACUCACUACAGUAUUUAUUAGUAAUUCCAGCUUAGUAACUACCUGCUUGUGAGCGUGUGGCUUUGUUGCAGCCCUUUUCCAGCUCUGUGGUGAUAAUUACUUUAUGAUAUAUUUGAAAAUAGCUGAAACUGUAUUUGAGCACAUCACACAUUUGACUGAUGCCUUUUUCACUGCGGGCUACAGCUGGCCAGACUCCACACCUCCGUGAUUCAGUAUACAAUUUAUUCUGAAUCAACAAUGUGAAUAAAUGCAGGGCUGUAUCCAAGAGUUAUGAUGCUCAUGAUUUCUACUGGAGGGAAUCUCUGGAGACCGCAAAACUUCGACAAAUGUGAUACAUCUGUGCAGCGAGUUAUUCCAAAACUCAGACAAAUCUCUUCAUGUUUUACUGAGUGAUUUUUGGCCACAUUUCCAGCAGAACAUAUGGAAAUUCGGCUGGUAUGCUUUGGCUGAUCGUUGCACAGAUUCAUAUUUAUACAGCUUCCAUGUUUCAACGUCUAUGCCAGAUUUUACCCUCGCUUGUUCCAGCUCUGAAAACAACUUUAGAUUUAUCAACAAAGGUGAAACCUCAAAGGUCCUCCUUCUGUAAGUUUGGGUGUGUUGGGAUUUGGAGAAAGAGUCCUGCCUCCCUGGUCCCAGUUAUGAACUCUUCUUGAAGGUCCUUGUCUUUUCUUUUUCCAACAUUUUGGUAGCUGCUUCAACAGGGUGGGCUCUUUAUUUACAAAGCAGAAAUCAGCCUCUCUGGACACAUGAGGAACUAUUAAAGGGAAGUAUUCAAGUGAUCUGGUCGGAAAGUACUGCAAUCUACGAAGGAGCGAGGCUGUGAAGAGCUUAAACUAACAAAUAAAAGAGCUUUAAAUAAAUUCUAAAAGGAUCUAGGAGUCAGAGCAGAGUUUUAAGAAGGGCAGUUAUCUGAUCAAUUUUCUUUUUCCUCUGCUAAAUCUGAGAUUUUUCGCAGACUAGUGAAAAAAGGACAGACUGGCUGGUGAAUCAAAAUUUUAGCAUCUCUGAUUUAAAAAAGGUCCAAUAUUGGCAAUGCUUUUCAGAUCAUAAAAUGACAUACUUAUGAACUUGUAAAAUGAGCAUUAAAAUUAAAACUGAAUCUCAAAGCACCCCCCAAAUUUGUGACACUUGUUACUAUUCGUUCUAUUCUAUUCCAUCCCUGUAAAACUUGGGUUAUGUGAUGAGACAGAUAUAUACUGUUGAGGGUCAUUGGCCUAAUAAUUACAGUUGAUUUGGUGAUGUGUGAUGACUUUUCCAAGUGGAAACAUGUACAGUGAAAAUAAAACAGGCCAAAGAACGCUUCCCUGAGGACCACCAAAUUUAACUGAGCCACUCUGCCAUAGUUGACAGAGUGAAAGAAGAAGUACUGUUGCAUGGUUUUCAUUUUAAAUCAUUCUUUAACUGGGGCCGUCCCUGUGCUGUGGUUUGUUCUGUAGCCUGAUUGGACUUUAUCUGAAAUACUGUUGUUGGUUAAAUAAAUCCAAAUGAACCAUCUGUUUGUUCUGGGCCUGCACACGCUUGUAUCUAACUCUUUUAUUCAGGAUCCAGUUUUUGUUGACUUUUCAGCAAGUUUCGGUCUGUUUGUUCAGAGGAAUUAUUAUCUUUCUAAAGGUCGCACUCGGUCUUAAUCCUCCCCUGCAAAGUUCACUGACUUUCAUGCUCACUUUGUCCUCUCCCUUGACUUUUAAUUCCUGACUCUUGAUCAGAUUUUUCAGGGUUCUGCUUCUGUCAUGUUGGAUCUGACUCAGGGGUUCCACCUCUUCCUCCCAAACAUAUUUUUACCCUUUCAUAUUCCAUUUCUUUGACUUUAAUCCUCAUCAUGCUUAAAUCCCUGACUUUUAUUCUGGGGACCGUUUAAUAAGUAUUACAGGAGCCCUCCUUACAUCAGUUUUAUAGCAAAAAAAAAUCUGUACUCCUGCAUGGUUCCAGUUGUUGGAGUUUUGGCCUAAUUAUAUUUCUUAUUUUUGAUUCCAGGUUCCGCAGCUUUGGUCCCCACCUUCCCUAUCUCUUGAAUUCUUGUGGCCAUCAUAGUCCAACCUUAUAUAUUAAAAGCAGUGGGAGACAACAUAUCAGUCUCUUUACUUGUGUUUGUCAGGUUAGUCCAACAGCACUUUGGGUAGGCUCAUCUGCUAGCCAGUGUACCCAAAACCAACCCCUCCAUGCUGGCUCAGGCUGCCUAUCGUAUCAACAUGCAAAGAGGAUGAAGAAGUGGUAGAGAAAGGCCUUUAUAAAAAUUUUAGAGAGAGAGAGAGCCAAGGUAAGAUGCUUGUUUGGGCUGGAACCCAUCCCCAAUUUGGCUGCAUGCUGUACCUCCCCCUUCUCCCCGUUAUCAUAUGGGAAGAGACAGAGGAAAACCAGGGAGAAGACUGAAUAGCGAGGUGGUGGUAAGAACAGGGAGGGCAGAGCAUUAGGUGGGGCUCAAUUCUUAGGAGUAAGAAUGUACGCUUUAUCUCCCCUAUGCCUCAUUUGAUAAAGAGGAAAAGAAAAGAGAGAUAAAGCUGUAGAUAGAUGCUAAAAAGACAGGUAAAGCAAAGCCAGGUUAAAAAGGUUUUUUUGGGCUGGGGCUCACCCCUGAAAGAUUAGGCUGUACACUCUGCCUCCCCUUUAUCAGCCAUUUUAUAUAUGUCAGAGGAGAGACAAAGAGAAAAAUCUGCAUGGAGGUGUUAGAAAGAGGACAGGAAAGUCAUUGCAAGGCCAAAAGGACUUUUUGAAAGUGCGCUCCAUCUCCCCUAUUUCCCUUUUCUCGCUUUGCAAGACGGGAACGACAGAAAAGGAGAUAAAUAAUGACAUCCAACUUUGCUUUUGUCCCCAGUUGGCUUUAUUGUUCUGUAUCUAUUUCCAUUUUGUGAUUUAAGUGCCUCAACUCUCUUUCACUAACCCUGCCCAAGCACUCCCAGCUCUCCCAGUAAUGAGAUAGUCGAUCAUGAUAUGAACUCCAAACACCCUACAGGACGAACCCCAACUUUCUAUCCUCCCUGUUCAGCUUCUGAUGCCAAAUCUGCAUGUGUUUGUAAUUUCAGGUAAUAAAGCAGGUUGCAUUCAUCAACCCUAAAAUUACCUUCUCCUGGCAGAUGUAGACAGUGAUAUUUAAUAGCUCAUUGCUCUUUACUCUGAGUGCUAAUGAGAAACAUUUCUGUCCACAGAUUUCGAACUGUUCCAGCUCAUUAUUGCUGCUUUCAAAGCUGCACCUGCCUCAAGUUUGAUGUCUUUUCAAACUGGAGCUUCCUGUUUGCUGACUCACUCUCAAAGAGAAACAGCAGUCGGGGGACUGCCACACAGAAAUGGAUUUCCUGACGGUUUACACUGUUUCAAGUCAAAAGCAACGCUACAAAGGAUUGAAUUUGCCGAAUUCAAUUAUUGACAGUAACAUGGAAAUUUGUGUUUUUGAAGUUCUCUUUAAUGUUCGCAUGCCUACCUUUGCUUUGUCUUCAGAUUUGCUUUCAGUCAGCCCUCACAGUUUCACAAAUGCAUUUUUUAAAACUUCAUUUUAUGCAGCUUUUGCUCAGAAAACAAAGACUCUCUAUGUUUUUGUAAUCCUCUGAGAAUUUUUGAUUUGCAGCUUUGAAUCCUUUCUGGCUUACUGACAGACUUUUGCCAGCAUCAUAUUUCAGUAUCCUGAUGUUUGAUAAGUUGAUGCAAAAAGACUAAGACACAAGUAGUGCAACUUCAGUUUCAAAAAUGUUGUGGCGCUGCGUGAAAUGUUGAUUAAAACAGAUUUGCAAAUCAGUUAAACCCUUUUUUGAAGUGAAAAUGAUGCAAAGUUGACGUAGCAAAUGUUGGAGCUGAACACUCUGACAUCCAAGGAGACUGGUGUCUGGAGCUUUGGAAGUGAAAUGCUCCAUUCUUGCCUGAUAUUGGGUUUCAGCGGCUGAAUAGGGGGGCCUGUGUUGUGACAUUUUUCAUUUUUUAAUGUAAAGAAAGUUGUCAAAAGGUGACAAGUUGGUCCUACUGGCAGAUCUGCAAGUUACCCACGUCAUGGGCCUUUGUACAUCCUGCUUUGAAGCGCAGGAUGCUGCGUCUAUGGCUUUCAAAGAAGAAUGUUACACGCUGAUUUGUCAGUUUUCCAUCUUCAAUUGGCUCAGCCCGAGAAUAGCCACCAGCCUUUCUCAAUCAUACUGUAUUAAUUAUUGGUUUUCUCUUUGCAUGGCACAGUUUUAACCUGCGUUUGUGUUCACUGACAAUGAUUCUGAACCCAUGCAGAGACUUCCACUACAGGGUCGUGUCAUUUUUUGUUAUGAGGUGCUGCAUGAGGGACCUGUGACUGUGACCACAUCAUAAUGUCAGACUAUUUUACAUAUUAUGAGAGACUCUGCCUCUCAGGAAUGCUCUUUUUAUACCUGCUUAUGCUACUAACCUGCAG